AUGGGUAAUAGUAAAGUCGCUGUCAUUGGUGCCGGUUCGGUUGGAGCCACCAUCUCGUAUGCCGUCAUGUUGCGCGAUAUCGCUUCUGAAUUGCUACUUGUUGAUGUCGUACCCGAGGUGGUUGAAGGUCAAACGCUUGAUUUGAGUGAUGCCAACAUGCUCAGCUCCACCCGCGUACGUGGUGCCACCAAUAAGGAAGCUGGUCAAGCCGACAUUAUCAUUAUCACUGCUGGUGCCAAGCAAAAGCCAGGAGAAUCACGUACUCAGUUGAUUGAUCGUAACUACAAGAUUCUUGAGAGUGUGAUUGGCUCCAUGCAGCCUAUUCGUAAGGAUGCUAUCAUGAUCCUUGUUUCCAACCCUGUGGAUGUCUUGACCCAUAUUGCUCAAAAGCUUUCUGGUCUUGAUCGUAACCGCGUCUUUGGCACUGGCACCUUCCUUGAUUCAUCUCGUCUACGUGGCUAUUUGGCUCAAAUUCUCAACGUAUCCACGCCUAGUAUCCACGCCUAUGUUUUGGGCGAGCAUGGUGACUCUCAGUUUGUUGCAUGGGAAUCUGCUACUGUUGCAGGAAAACCCUUGUUGUCGUUCCCUGAGAUCAAGAAUCUUGAUUUGAAUGAUAUCGAAAAGAAGAUUAUGCAAAAGGCAUACAAGAUCAUCGAUGCUAAGGGUGCCACGUACUAUGGUAUUGGUGCAUGUGCUGCUAUUUUGUGCGAAGCCAUCAUUCUCAACAAGUGCGAUAUUCGUCCAUUGUCUGUUUAUGUUGAAUCACUUGGUACUGUCAUUUCAGCUCCAGCCAAGAUUGGUGCUGAAGGUAUUGAAGGUGUCUAUGAUAUUCCUCUCAGCACGAAUGAGCGCAAGAAAAUGGAAGCCAGUGCUAAUACUCUCAAGGAAAUGUGCGCAAAGUACUCAUAA